AAAUUCAAAUAUCCCGCGUCGCGUCAUCAAAUACUCGCGCAUUCUCAAAGUCAUCGACAUUCGACAUAUUACUACACCAACACCGCGCGGCGUUCGAUCAUAUUGCGGAUUCCGGAGCGGAGCAGACGACUAAAAAAUACGAACAUGUUGAUUUCUGAAUAUUAUCUGUAAAGAUAUAGUUUUUUAACGUUAAAAAUGGCAGUUUGCACGUUGUCAAAUGCUUUCAGACGGCUCAAUAUAUUCCGAAAAGGAAUUAUCUCAGCACAUCUUUCGACGCAACAUACCGAACUGCCAUUAAAAGCCAAUCUAAUUUUGUUACAACCAGAGAAGCUAAGCAACAAGCAUUUUGAAAACCAUGUUACUUUUACUGCAAGAUCGGUCAACCUCAACUUUGAUAUUCCAAGAAAUGGCUUGCCAAUAAGCAAAAUUAUUGAGUGCCCUAUAAUACCAAAUUUUCAAAUUGAUGAGCCAGUAAAGAAUAAGAUUGAAAAAAGUGAUAUUAUUCCUAACGAAGUUGUAGAAACACCAGGUACCAAUAUUAUCGAAAAGCAGGCUGCAAGAUUGAUAGUUAUCAGGCGAAAGAAAAUGAAGAAGCACAAGAGAAGGAAGUUCCUUAAGAAAAUGAAAUUCGUAAUACUGAAGAGGAGGCAAAAGAAAAAAUUGUUGCGUGAAAGAGCUUUCCAAGCAGAACUUCAGGAAAUUUAUGCCAAAGCUGAACAGUUUGAUCCUAAGGAAUAUGUUGCUGAACAACUUCACAUUUUGAAAAGAGAAAGAUUGCCGACUAAAUGGAGAGGAGAAGUUGUACCUGAGUCAAUGAUCAUACAGUUCAUGAAAGAAAAAGCGGAUAAGAAAGCUCACAAACAAAGAUUGCAUAACUAUAGGUUAAAACUCGAUUGAUGUAUGUAAGUUUACUUUAUGUAAAGUUCACAAAUCUUUAUAAUUGUAAUAUAAAUUUAUAAAAUAAACUUUUAAGAAAUUUAGGUUUCGCAAA